AUGGAUACAGUUGGAAUUUUGGUAUGCUACAAUGGAAGUUGGGUUAAGAAGGAUAACAUUAAGAGUUAUGAAGGUGGGGAGGCUAAAGGCAUAAUAGUGUCACGGAACGUAACGUUUUCCGACCUUGUUCAACGCAUUUAUAAGAUCAUGGAUGCAGAGCCCACGAAAUAUAGUGUCACAUUGAAGUAUUCAGUUCCUGUAUCCGUAUCUGUCAGUAAGCACAUAAGGGUUGAAGACAAUGAUGAUGUUCAAUAUUUUCUCAAGUACAACACAAAUGUUAUGGCCUCUAAAGUAACCCCUUUAGUAGCAAGCUUGAAAAAUAUCGAAGGUCAUGGUAUUGAAGGGUGCAAUGGCAUUGUAAGCGUUGAGAGUAGCAAUGCUCCUGCUACCUUUGUUGUGGAACGAAGAAAUGUGGUAAUUUCGGACAAUGAAACUGAAAAUGGUGGGAAUGGUUUUAAUUGGAGUGAUUGGGUUCAAGAAGUUCAUUUUGAAAGCGGUGAAAACAUAGUUGCUGAUUUGUAUCAACCUAGCAAUGAAGAGGAACCGUACUCUGCACCAAUUGUGCAUCCUCAUGAGGACAGCAAUGCGGAACCCUCCACUGUGCAGUGUAGACAGGUGCAAUCUGAACCUCCCCGGCAAUCAAGUUCGAGUGAAAUGCAUACAAUUCGGGUUGAUUCGAAGCAUGGUGAGAGUGUGGAAUAUAUUGGUUAUGGUGGAGGCCUUUCGUGCAUAAAUUGGGAAGCAAAUUUGAAGGUUGGCCGAGUUUAUCCAAAUAAGAUUGCCCUUUUAAAAACCAUCAGUUUAGUAGCAAUUAGAGGCCACUUUUGGUUCAGAACAGUCCAAUCUGGGAAGCGUCGGUUGUGUGUUCGCUGUUGGCAGGUGCCUUGCCCUUGGAAAGUUCGGGCAUAUAAAGUUGGAUUACAUGAGUUUAAGGUUGUUAAAUACGAUCCACUUCAUGAAUGUGAUCUGAGGUUUGUAAGUAGUCACCAUCCUCAAGCUACGGCCGAAUUGGUGUCUGACUGUGUUAAAUGGAGAUUUCAGGAUUCGCGCAGCAUUUAUACUGCAGCUGAUAUAAAGACAGAUGUGAAAAAAAAAUUUGGUGUCAGCAUAAGCUACUCUACAGCUUGGAGAAGCCGAGAGUUAGCUUUCAAAACAAUGAGAGGGUCUGCAGAAGAGUCGUAUUCCCUUCUCCCUUCCUAUUGUUAUGAAUUGGAGCGUACAAAUCCGGGAACUUUGACAUACAUUCAGACUGAUGCAGCCGACCACUUCUUAUAUUUUUUUAUGUCAAUUGGUGCAUGGAUACGAGGAUUUAAGUCGUCAAUGCGGCCCGUGAUUGCUGUUGAUGCUACCCAUUUGAAGUGCAAGUAUAAAGGUGUUUUGUUUGUUGCGACCGCAUUUGACGGAAAUCGCAACAUAUAUCCUGUUGCCUUUGGGAUUGGAGAUUUGGAGACAGAUGCAGCAUGGGAGUGGUUUUUGAGAAAAUUACAUUGUGCAAUUGGUGAUUGCUCGAAUCUUGUUGUCAUAUUUGAUCGCAAUGUUAGCAUACAACAUGGGUUGCGUAGAGUUUUUCCUGGGGCAAGCCAUGGCAUCCAGAAGUGGUCUCGGGCCCACUGUGAUGGACGACGAUAUAAUGUGAUGACAACGAAUAUUGUGGAGUCCAUUAAUUCAGUUCUUCGUUUUGCAAGGAUGCUUUCGGUGCUACACUUGAUCGAUGAAAUCACAAAUCUACUUCUCACUUGGUUUAGUCAACGUCGAGAUUUAGCAAUGAAAUGUUAUUCUACAUUGUGCCCUGAUUUGGGUGAACAGAAGUUAAGGAAGAGGUUAGACGCUGCGUCAAGGAUGAAUGUGGUCAAAAUCAAUGAUGUCGAGUAUAAUGUUCUGGAUGGUGAUUUGAACGGUCUGGUGCACUUGGCAAACCGUAGUUGUAAGUGCAGGAAGUUUGACUUGGAGCAACUCCCGUGCAAGCAUGCUAUUGCGGUAUGUCGGCACUUGAAAUUGAACCCCUACUCCUUUGCCUCUUCUUAUUAUACACGAGCUACAUGGGCAGCUGCAUAUGCUGAAUCUAUUUAUCCUGUACCACCUAAAGGCACAUGGGUUAUUCCCGAACAUUUGAACAAUGUCAAAAUCCUUCCUCUUGUUUGUAAGGUUAUGCCGGGCCGUCGCAAAAUGCAAAGAAUACCUUCCAAAGGAGAGGACUCCAGGCAAAAAAAAUGCUCAAGGUGUGGUGUGAAGGGCCACUACCGAAAUACAUGCAAACAAUCUGUCCCUCUCAAGAACUGA